GCCGCACCAAAACAUGUCUCACACAGCAGACAACGUUGGUCACUGGGAAGACCUGGAAACAUGGCUAAGUGUUGCAACCAGCAGCCUCCUACCCAAGGCCGCGGAAACACUAAAGCGUCAGACCCAGGAACAGCUGGAUAACAACCUAACGAGCCUAAUGGAACAGGACCCAAGCCAAGGCUACAACCACAAAGAGCUAGCAAAGAUCACCUGCUCCCUAAGUCACACCCUCAUCGCUACCCUCAAACUGAGUGACAGGCACGCCGCCGAUCUCCAACAGGAGCUGACAUGCGCACAGCGACGCAUCAAACAGCUGGAACUGGAGGCUCAGGAACUACAGGAAAAGCUGGAUGAGGAGAGAAAGGACCCAGAGGAGAUUACCACGCUCAAAGCCUUGCUAGCAGCUUCCACACAAGAGGUGAAACAAACCAAAAGAGACUUUGACAAUGCUGCCAACAACCUCCAGUACGCAGAACAGCUACUGGAGAAGGCAAAGACUGACCUUAGAGACAAGGCCGGCAGAAUCAAAGCCCUCGAAACUCACUUGAACGAGUCAAGGAAUGAGGUCAACCGCCUAGAACAACAGCUGGACUACGUCAAAGAGGAAUCUGACUGUGUCAAGGAGGAACUCAGACACGCCUACGACCUGCGCGCUGAGCCACCGAGGACACGAGAGGCACCAACGUCACCCCUGCCAACCAGCCAAAGAGCAUCACACGGCCUGGACCUAAAAGAUCUCGACAAGAUCGCCAGGAACAUCGUCAAGUUCACCCCAGGUGUGCCAAGUAGUCCAGACAUUCAAACCUAUCUACAGGACGUCGAAUUCCAUCUGGAAGUAAGACCUCACGUCACUGAUAAAGAUAGACUCUAUUUACUGCGAGCAACAUCCAGCCCUGAUGUACGCAGCUUCCUGGCGCAACCAGCCCAGACAAAGGCUGAUUACCACCUGCUCCGAGAGGCUCUCAUCAAUGAAUUUGAUGACCCAGAGUCAGAACAAGGACUAGUAGCCGCCCUGGAGAUCAGACAAGGCCGUCAUGAGUCUCCGCAAGCCUACUACAGCCGACUCAGGAGAGCAUACUUCGGAACUCGCAACGAGCCCGAAAUGGAACAGGACAUGAACUUUAAGACUCUCUUCCUCAGGAACCUACAUCCUGGGGUAAGCCACCAUCUAGGCGUGCUUGCAUGUUCGCGCACAAUGACCAUUCAGCAGCUGCGCGACUUGGCACACAAAGCCUACAGCAAACAAAAGAUGGCUGCAGAGAAAGGCACUAAAGCUCCGACAGUCCUCGACUUCAACACACAAAGUCACGGACUGCCUCUAGAGGGUGCCCAACAUCAAGACAGCUUCAAGCCGUCAAGAAAAGAGUGGAACGUGUCCAACCGAGAGCAAGACUUCCACGCAGGUACCAGACCCAAUCAGAGAAACGGCCGCUGGGAUGGACCACGUGAACGACAGCGCCGCGCCUGGACGCCACUGGGAAAAUGGGAGAGAUCGUGGAAUCAGUCAACCUCCUUUAGAAACCAAAGGGGGAAGAGCUCCUGGGAUGGCAACGGAACCUCCAUGGGUAGAGCACAAACACACCCUGGAGCAACCAGCCCAAGGACUCGACGAAAGAACUUUCAAACUGAAUCCACACAAGAGCAAAAGACAUCACCGUUUUUUUACUCACAAGAACUGAUGAAGAGCAUGAUGAGAGAGUUUUUCCAGCAAAUGAAGGAAGAUUGGAAGUGGGAAAAGAAAGAGAAGCCGGAUUCAGCCUGACUGGCAGCCGGACGAGACAGCAGCGACCACCCGACCCAACCAGACACAGAGAAUAGCACUUCCUCCCCGCACACUCAAAGAACCAUAAUGACCAUAACUUCAGAUGGACGAGAAAUCCUACCUGAAACCCCAGCAAUCGAGUUAGCCCCUAACUCACCAUAUGAUGCUUCAAACCACGGCAUCAUCCAACAAACACCUGCCGCUGAAACCACUCUGGUUCCUGAAAGUGCUGUCCUGGUCGUCUGCCACUCGUCCGAAGAACUGCAGAUUAGCCCUGAUAUCCUCCCCAUCUCAUCCCAAACUCCAGUCCCUCAACUCCUGGGUGAUCUCAUUGAGAGAGGUAUAGCAAGAAAGUUUUACCUCUCCGUCAUCAUCGAACGCCACAUCAGGGUCGAAGCCCUUCUGGACACAGGAGCUGACAUCACACUAAUGUCAGCAGAACUCCUCGGAAAAAUCCAGGAAGGAGCAAAGACAUUAAAU